CUGGGAGACAGAUAACAGAAACUGUCCUGUGUGAGGCACAAUAGUCUAACGUGAUUAGAAAUCAGCCCAACUCUGGCUUCUCUUGAGCUAAACUCCCCCACAGGCUGAAUUAUAGCUCUCCUACCAGUCCCACGGCACUGAAUGAUGUCAUGGGAUCUGCAGCUCAGCGAGAUGAAAGGGAUAAAGCAGGACCCGCUGGCACUAGGAAAAGCUUCCAACACGCAGUCCACAACACAGCUUGGGAACCAAAAAAGCUACAGAUCCAGCCACUCAGCCCAAGCAUGGGAGAACUACCAGCAUUGCUUCAUUGCAAAAAAGGGGAGGAAAACAACGUGAUCCAGGUUUAACAAAAGAAAGUGUGGACUAGGAGACGGGAGGGUGACUACCUGCUGAAAGUGAACUUUCUUGAUAUCCGUGCAUAUAUUUAAACUCAGCCCUGCCUUUGAUGUUCAGCAACUGAUCACUGAUCAGAUUACAGGCAUUUCAUCUCCCAGCUCGUCUGCCUUUGAUCUGCAUGGUUAAUUUUAUUUUCCUGGAUUUGAACUUUCGUCUGGGCUUGUGCUGACAUACAUUUUUGGGAAGGUAGAAGCAUUUGGCACAGAAGUGCUGCCAGGAGGAACUAAGUUGCCGAACGGAACGCUUCAACAAUAAAUACAUUUGAUAAAGAAAGAUGGCUUUAAAAGUACUUCUAGAACAAGAGAAAUUGUCGUUCACUCUUGUAGUGUUACUAGGCUAUUUGUUGUGUAAAGUGACUUGUGAAACAGGAGACUGUAGACAACAAGAAUUCAGGGAUCGGUCUGGAAAUUGUAUUCCCUGCAGCCAGUGUGGGCCAGGCAUGGAGUUGUCUAAGGAAUGUGGCUUCGGCUAUGGGGAGGAUGCACAGUGUGUGACGUGCCGGCUGCACAGGUUCAAGGAGGACUGGGGCUUCCAGAAAUGCAAGCCGUGUCUGGACUGCGCACUGGUGAACCGCUUUCAGAAGGCAAAUUGUUCAGUCACCAGUGAUGCCAUCUGUGGGGACUGCUUGCCAGGAUUUUAUAGGAAGACAAAACUUGUUGGCUUUCAAGACAUGGAGUGUGUGCCUUGUGGAGACCCUCCCCCUCCUUACGAACCACACUGUGCCAGCAAGGUCAACCUGGUGAAGAUCGCAUCCACGGCCUCCAGCCCACGGGACACGGCACUGGCUGCUGUCAUUUGCAGUGCUCUGGCCACCGUCCUACUGGCCCUGCUCAUCCUCUGUGUCAUCUAUUGUAAGAGACAGUUUAUGGAGAAGAAACCCAGCUGGUCUCUGCGAUCGCAGGACAUUCAGUACAACGGUUCUGAGCUGUCGUGUUUUGACAGACCUCAGCUCCACGAAUACGCCCACAGAGCGUGCUGCCAGUGCCACCAGAACUCAGCACAGACCUGCGGGCCGGUGCGCUUGUUCCCAUCCUUGUGCUGUGAUGAGGCCUGCAGCCCCGACCGGGCGACUCUCAGCUGUGGGGUGCAUUCUGCGGCCAGCCUUCAGGCGAGAAACGCAAGCCCAGCUGGGGAGAUGGUGCCGACUUUCUUCGGGUCCCUGUCACGGUCCACCUGUGGCGAGUUUUCAGACGCCUGGCCUCUGAUGCAGAAUCCCGUGGGUGGUGACAACAUCUCUUUUUGUGAUUCUUAUCCGGAACUCACUGGAGAAGACAUUCAUUCUCUCAAUCCAGAAAAUGAAAGCUCAACGUCUUUGGAUUCAAACCAUAGUCAAGAUUUGGUUGGUGGGGCUGUUCCAAUCCAAGCUCAUUCUGAAAACUUUGCAGCAGCUACUGAUUUAUCUAGAUGUAACAACACACUGGCAGAGCCAGCAUCAACUCUGGAUGCGCUAGCUACGAGACGCCAGCUAGAUCAAGAGAGUGGUGCUGCCAUCCACCCAGCCACUCAGACACCCCUCCGGGUCAGUGCCCUUUGUGAUGAGGACAUGCCUAAUGGCUACACUUUGCUGAGGAUAUUUUCCCCAUGAGGAUGGAAUCUUAAAGGGCCUGCUUCUUUCUGCAGUUGAAGUGUGUGCUGGCACCCAAAGAGUACUCCUUUGUUAGGCUUAUGGACUGAGCAGUCUGGACCUUGCAUGGCUUCUGGGAAAAAAUAAAUCUGACCCAAACUGAUGGCGUUUUAAGCCUUUCAGCCAGUUGCUUCUGAGCCAGACCAGCUGUAAGCUGAAACCUCAACGAAUAACAAGAAAAGGCUGUGGGCCGACUUAUGAUAUUCUGCAUGUUUCCUACAUAAGAAGCUUCUCUGCCACAAAGUGACUUCAAAGACGGAUGGGUUGAGUUGGCAGCCUACGAGACUGAGGACAUAUAACAAGAAACAGAAAUGCCUUCAUGCUUAUUUUCAUGGUGAAUAUGUUUUUACAAGACUGAAGACUCAGUAUACUUUUUCUUUCCAGAAAUAUUUUCAUAUCGCCUAUGAAAUGUCAGAUAAAUUACCUUAGCUUUUAUGUAGAAUGGGCUCAAAAGUGAGUGUUUCUAUUUGAGAAGGAUACUUUUUCAUCAUCUAAACUGAUUUGCCUUGGUGGUUAGUGUGGCCCACAUGUUGCCUGCCUAAAUCUUGGGUUUAUUAGAUGAAGUUAACUGAAUCAGAGGAAUCAGACAGAGGAAGAUAGCUUUUUCCAGAGUCUACACUUCUGACCUCAGCCUCCUUCUCACGAACACCUGCUGGUGCUGAUCUCAGAGAGCACCUGGGCUGGGGAAUGUGGUAGAGAAAAGGCAGCCCAUUGCCCGGAGUUAACACAUAGUGUAGAGGCUUGUGUGCAAAGGCUGGCAUAUUUAUAUGAAAAUUCGUUGAUAUAGAAACUCUUGUUGCAUCGGUCCCUCUGCCUGAGCUUAGAAGAUUCAGAAUUUCUUUUAUAGAAAAAGGGUAUUUAUAAACAUAAAUGAUCUUUUACUUGCAUUGUACCUUGUAGUAAAGGCUGUAGAAACUACAACAUGUCAGGUUCCCCUCCUCCUGAAGUAGUUUCCAUGAGAACAGACCACAUGUUAGGACUAGAAGAAAACGCAGAGUUUGUAGGGGUUUAGAGGAACCAGGACAUCGUCAUGCUCCUUCCAGUCACGUGAGGUUAGUUAGCAUAUCAUCUCCUACUUUAGCCAUCUGAUGUGGGAUUUAAGAGGAUGGUGCUUCUUUCUAUUAAGGUGCUCCGUCCCCUACCAGCUUGGUAUUUACACACUAGCAUUGUCUCUAGAGCUAAGGCAGAAAUUAACCCCAUUCAGUCACGAAACAGGGAAUGGUUUAUUUGCUCUUAAUCUUUAUGCCCUGUAGAAGACUUAAUUGAAGAGGGUUUAUUUUUUAGACUUUUGAACAUCAGUAUGUUCAAGUGCACUAUGAAUUGUCCUGCCCAAGACACUGUCUUUUAACAUUUAAACUGAAUAUUAAAAUAUAGCCAUCUUUCCUAGGACAUUUGUAUCUUCUCACAUAUUACCCAUGUUUUUCUCUCUUUGUGAGCUAUGAGUAAAUUUUAAUGAGCGCUCUUUCUUGUGGCCUUUUCUCCAUAGUUUUAGGUUCUGAUAUGCAUUUACUAGCUUGCCUGUGUCUGGUACAUCUCACGACCUCAAUUCCCUCAUCUGAAAUAGGAAAUAAGAGUGCUUCAUUGCAACCCCCAAUCUGUCAUGUCAACCUAGUGCCCAGUCACAGUUAAUUGACUUUUCCUGUUUUCCUUUUUUUUUUUAAAGCAUAAACUAGUGGUCCUUUGGUAGUCAUGAACGCUUAGGAAAAUUGCCUUUAGGACAUGUAAAAUAUUUAGGAUUUGACCACACAAUGGCUAUGAAAAUGCAAGGAGAGUUUCCUCGUGUGACCUCACCCGUGAUUCACAUACGUGCCGCUGUUUGCAAUCUGGUCCUUUCUGUUAUGGCAGAGGGACGAUGUGAGUAGGCUGGGCUGUGUUCCUCGUGGAGCCUGUAUAUAUUUUCCAUAUGUACAGCCCUGAUUAACUUCAAGGAUAAACACUUGCUGGAGAAAGUCAGACCGAUGGGAAUGAGACUUUGGCCAAAAAUCCUAAAACAUCAUUUUCCAUCAGUAGAGAAAUGCUUUGAGUUGAAAAAUGAUUUCAUUUGCUACUGAAUUUGAAAAAUCCUGGGUAAUUUUUACCAAAGUGAAGAUAUUUUACUCUACCUACUCUAGAAAUAUACAGCAAUGUUCUAUUUUGCACUCUUUGUGUAACAUUUUGUAAACAUUUGAGGAAAAAAAUCCAAUUUGCACUUCACUUUGUUGGAAUAUCCCAUAGCACUCAAAAAACUCAGCUGCUAGACUGCUGAUGUCACGAAGGCUGCAUGGGUGUAACUGCUGUGGCCUCUUGCGCUGCAGAAGCUCAUUGACAAGAAUGAGACAAGGAUUUCAAGAACAACCAAGUCAAGUCAUGGAUUUUCUAAUUUCAUGUAUAUGGAAUAUAUUUUUAAAUAGAGCUUUUUCUACUUUGGAUAAAGUGUUAAUACUGCUAUUACCUAGGUUAAGCACUACCGUCGUGCUAGUAAAAAAGAAAGGAAAGGAAAACCAUCAUUGCUUUAAAAUAGCUUAAAUCAAUUUAAAUCUCAUCAUUACUGUGCAAAUUUCAUCACCAUUUACAUACUGGAAUUUAUAAUUGUGUAAAUUAUCAUUUUCUUAAAUAGUUUUGUAAUAUCUUUUUUAUUUGUGAAUAAAAUUGUCACCUGGUAUUCUUA